CGCGGGCGGAGAGUGGGGUGGGAGCCACCUGCGAGGCCACUUCGGACUCUGCACCCUCGGGUGUGUGCGUCCUGCUUCCUGGAGGGCUGUCUACUUCUGCGCCCGUCCAUGGAGGGGGCCGGGCCCCCAUCGCCAGGAGAUGAGCUGGAGCUCUCGGAGAUCCAGGAGCAGCCAGAGGAACAAGCGCCUCUCAAUGGAGCAGUCCAGGGCAUCCAUUCCUCAGUCGGGGAGUCCUGCCCAGUCCAGGCUGACAAGGAAAGCCCUUGGAGCUCCUGUAAUAAGAACUUGAUUGGAAAGUGCAAGCUGUGGAUGGUCCUCGCCUCUGUUCUCCUAGGUCUCAUUAUGGUCAUAAGCAUAAGCUUAUGUCUUACUGGAGUAACUUAUGUCGAUGAAGAUGAAAAUGAAAUACUUGAAUUGUUGUCAAAUAAAACAUUCUUGGUCAUGCUAAAGAUUCCAGAGGAGUGUGUUACUGAAGAGAAAUUGCCUGACCUGCUCACGAAAAGGCUCACGGAUGUGUACCGUUCAUCACCGGCUCUGAGCCGUUUUUUCACUUCAGUUGAAAUCUUGGACUUCAGUGGUGAAAACGCCACAAUAACCUACCACCUGCAGUUUGGUGUCCCGUCGGAAGACCACAGUUUUAUGAAGUACGUAAUGAAUGAGGAGUUGGUGCUGGGUGUUUUGCGACAGGAUUUCCAUGACCAGAACGUGUCUGGUUGUGAGACUCUGGGGCGUGACCCGGCGUCCCUUUGGCUAUAUGGAUGAUGUGGUGGAGGUCGAUCUGUGUCUGAAAGCAGCACUCCCCCGAACUUUGGGAUGAGGAGAAUUCAUUCCCUUUCACAGAAGGGAUCCUGCGAAUUAACUCAGAAGGACUCACAAUGGCCAGAGCGGUGGUCUUCUUCCUCCUGAUUCUGUACAGUUACAGAGUCUGGCUCUAUGUCCAGCAAAAUAGCACCCGGCGCUGCCCCAGCUGGGUCUAGAUGGGGCGGGGUGACGGGGCGGCGGGCAGACCUGCAGUGUGAGGUCGCUGCUGUUCCGGAAGCAGUGACUGCCUCCACCCACAAGGGGCACUUUCUCUUCAUGGCAAGGGUGGCCUUUCAGGCAGGAUCCCGCCACCGUGAGCUGGUGGAGAGAGAACAGGGAGAGGUGGGGAGAGGCGAGGAGAGGGAGAGUUGAGCCAGUUGCUCCCUGCAUCCUCCUCCCACUCCCCUCCCUCCCACCCCUACCUCGGAUCUACCUCUAAGCAAGACUGUGAGGGAAAGGCGGGCACUUCACCAGACGUAAGCAGCAUCGCCUGUGUCCGCUUCCGUGACCCGUAGCCGCACAUCUCCGCAAACCAGCCCUGGCACACCCUCCAGUGUCAUGCAGAGCUACAGAAAUGGGAUCUGUGUUUCCUAAUUAUUUCCAUUCUCUUCAUAGUUCCUGUGACUCCUGAACACUUCUUUUGGAAACAGGGGUCCCUGCGGACUUUGAACACACAACUCUCGUUUUGGAUAGUUUCUCCAUUUAUAUUUUCAUCAGCUUCCAUCAGAGAAUCAUUAAGACUGUUUCCCAUCUGCUAUAGGUAGUACAUGUUUGCUUCCUGUUGUUGGGAGUCACUAGCCUUCCUGUAGGAUUCGGUGUCUUCAGGCAUUGAUUGUGUAUCUUUUUGAAAAUGGUUGUGAAACAGGAAGAACCACUCGGAAAUAACCUGCUGAAAGUUUAAUGUCAGAUCCUUUUUCGGGGGUGAGGGUAGCGGGAACAAGAGCGCCUGAAUUGGUCUUCUAUAGAUAUAGAAUUACCUGUCAUGAGGGAACAAAGUGUCUUGUCAGGAACAUGGCUUUGCUGCAAAUUUUCAGGGGCGUUUUGUGGUCAUGUGAUGAGAGGUUCUCAGCCUCCGUGUCUCAGUUAAAUUGGCUCUGGGUGGACGUCAGGGUGGGGGCAGCUGUGUACAGGGUUGUGUCGGAGCAUGUGUCUCAGGCUAGGUUUGCCUUCUGCUCUUUAUGACCCACGACUCUGAAUAAUGUGAAUGUGCUUUGUUAUUUAACCAGAAGAUACAUUUAUUGUAACAGGGUGUCUCAUCUGAGGAAGUUCCUCAAACUAGUGAGACACGUGAAUUUCCCUUCUUCCUCUUUAUAUUUUAUAUGUCAAACCUAAACCUUCAUGUUUGUACUUUUAAGAAAAUAAUGAAGAACUUCACUGUAGAAGGAUUUAAAAUAUUGACAAUAAAUUAUUUUUGC